GUUUGGUCAAAGCAAACCGAGAAGUCAACAGAGUCAAAAAUCAUGGCUUCCAGAACUUUGAGGAUAGGUCUCAUUCCUGGUGAUGGAAUUGGCAAAGAAGUUAUCCCAGCAGGAAGAAGAAUUCUCGAAGCUUUACCAGCUUCCCUCAAAUUGAAAUUUGAGUUUGUUGACUUGAAAGCCGGAUUUCAAACCUUCGAAGAAACCGGAGCUGCUCUGCCAGAUAAGACGGUCGAAAUUCUCAAGACUGAAUGCGAUGGAGCUUUGUUUGGUGCAGUCAGUUCUCCUUCCAAAGCUGUCAAGGGCUAUUCCUCCCCAAUCGUCGCACUCCGCAAGCGUCUCGACCUUUACGCAAAUGUUAGACCCGUCAAAAGCGUCAUGACAGCUGCCAACCCAAUUGAUAUGGUCAUUGUGAGAGAGAAUACCGAGGAUCUUUAUGUCAAGGAAGAGAGAACAUAUGAUGCUGUUGAUGGAAGUGGAAAGGUCGCGGAAGCAAUCAAGAGAAUUUCCGAGAGAGCUUCAUCCAGAAUUGCUACAAUGGCAGGAGACAUCGCAUUGCGCAGACAGAAGCUUAGAGACAGUGGAGUUGCAAGCAUCCACAAGUCACCAUUGGUCACCAUUACGCACAAAUCGAACGUUUUGAGUCAAACGGAUGGUCUUUUCCGAUCCACUGCCAGAGAGGCAUUGGCCCUCUCAAAAUUCUCGAGCGUUGGUGUAGAGGAGCAGAUCGUCGAUUCUAUGGUUUACAAAUUGUUCCGUCAACCCGAGACCUACGACGUCAUCGUGGCACCAAAUCUCUAUGGAGAUAUCCUGUCUGAUGGAGCUGCCGCUCUUGUUGGCUCCUUGGGUCUCGUUCCAAGUGCCAAUGUUGGUGAAGGAUUUGCUAUUGGUGAGCCAUGCCAUGGUAGUGCUCCUGAUAUCAUGGGUCAAAACAUUGCAAACCCAAUUGCAACUUUGCGAAGUGUUGCUCUUAUGUUGGAGUUCCUUGAGGAGGAGGCCGCUGCCGCUAAGAUCUAUGCUGCUGUUGACGGCAAUUUGGAGGAAGGCAAGUUGCUAAGCCCUGACCUUGGUGGCAAAGCUACGACAACAGAGGUUGUUGAGGACAUUCUUAGACGCUUGUAAAAUGGUUUGAAUUUUCUAUUAGAGUUGUUUCUCCUCGAACGGUCUGAGGCUGUCUAUCUGGAAAUGAAGUCCCCCUCUGAGAAGGUAUUUGAAGUCCUCUUCUGAGGAGGUAUCUGGUUAGACAGAUCCUGGACUAGGAGCUAUGAGCUAAAAUGAUAUCCCCA